UUCAUAAGUACAUGUAACUCAGUCAUUCAUUCUGAUUGGUUGCAGAUAUCAAAGACCACAAAUAAAUAAAUAGGAGCGACAACAAGGCAAGCAUUAUAUGACUAGUUGCGCCAUAAAAGAAAGUCUGAAAAAUGGCCAUGGCUAAACAAGACGAGGGUGAUCCUUUAGUGGAAUCAGUGACAUGUUCAAUAUGUAUGGAGGUUUUAAAUGAUCCUAGAUCACUACAAUGUAUGCACAGUUACUGCAGAAAGUGUAUACAGGACACAAUGGACAAACAUCAAGACAAGAAAUCGUUUCCUUGCCCAAUAUGCAGAGAGGACUGCCCGAUACCUAAUCAAGGGGCUGCAGGUCUCAAGGUGAACUUUUUUGUGAACUCUGUUUUGGACAUUGCAAAAGAUCGAUCAGCAUCAUCGAAAGAUGAAUGGAAUUGCGAUAUUUGUCUUGAAGAGAACGAGCAUGUCCCAGCAAUUUCCAAGUGCCUGGAUUGCAAUGAGAAGCUCUGCAAAGCAUGCAAUCGUGCACAUAAACGGUCACGUACUACGAAGCUACAUAAAAUACUUGAGCUAAGUGGUGACACAUCUCAAGAUACCAAGGCUGCCAUGGACAUGUUAUCUAAACGGACCUUGUACUGUCAAGUGCAUACACAAGAACCUUUAAAGUACUUUUGUAAAAAAGAUCAGCUUCUUAUCUGUCAAGACUGUUUUGCAUUCAGUCACCAAGGCCAUGAGCUAGAGGACAUUGAGACAACGGCAAAGUCCACUUUAAAGAACUUAAGCUCAGUUAUUGACCUUGGUAAGCAUAGAUCAGCCAAGUACGAGACAGAUAUCAAUGAAAUCCACAUUCAGAAACAAGACAUUGAGAAAAACACUGAUGAAGCCAAUGGUAAAUUAGAGAAGGACCAGAAAUUAGUCCAAGCCCAUGUUGAUGCUCACUUUAAAGCUCUGAAAGCUGAAGUUCAGACCAUGGGAAGUGCAGCUGUUAAGAACAUAGUAGCUCAUUUGGCUGGUCUACAAUUUGACAAAGAUGCCAUUGAUGGUACUGUUAAACAAUUGGAAAGCCUUCAAGACCAUGGUCAUCCUGCAGACAUUGUGUACAUGAUACCCGAGAUGAAUGCCAAACAUGA